CUGUUAUUGCUGUGUGCACGUGUACAUAGGUACAUUGUCAAAGCUCUCAUCUAUUGAAGCGAUCACUGCUGUUCACCCUCUCCCCUUAAAUCAUUACUUCACACAUGAUAAUAUAUUGGCUCAUCAGAGAACACCGAUUGUCAUUGUAAUUCCGGAUAAACAAAUCUUAUCAUGUGGAAAUAGCGAGCCUCACGAGGGUUCGCUUUAUUGCACCCAAAGUCUUUUAACUUAUGGUUGAAGGUUAUGAUUCAAUUAGUCUUUUUUAUUCAAUUAGUUCUCAGGUGAUACGAGUGAUUGUCAGUAUUUUAGUUUUAAUGAAAGGUAUUCAAGGUUUGGCUUAAGUAAUUCUUGGUGAAGAAAACUUGAAGAAUGGCUCAGAUUGAAACGGGAAAGGUGGAAAAUGUGAGGCUGAUGGAUAGGUACAGUAAUAAUCAUCUGGUAGGCACUCUGUAUCUCACUGCUACACACUUCGUAUUCACGGAUCCGGUUGCAAAGAAGCAGAUUUGGGUUUUAAACACUCACAUAGCAUCCAUUGAGAAACAACCUCUGACGACAGCCGGAUCUCCACUGCACAUUCGCUGCAAGCACUUUCUAACAAUAAUCUUCAUAAUAACAAAAGAACGUGACUGCCAUGAUAUAUACGUGACCCUCAUGCGUCUCUCCUCGCCAUCGAGAAUCGAGGAUCUUUACUGCUUCAACGCCUACCGAGCUGGCAACACCCGAAGCAAUUCAGACGGUUGGAGUCUAUUUGAUAUCCAAUCCGAGUAUCAACGCCAGGGCCUCCCCAACAGCGAGUGGGCACUUUCUUAUCUAAACUCAAACUAUGAACUUUGCGAUACAUACCCUCGUUACAUCUACGUACCCUCAACCUGUACAAAUAGUAUCCUCUCAGGUUCAGCAAAGUUCAGAAGCAAAGGAAGACUCCCAGUCUUGACUUAUCUUCACUCCAACAAAGCAGCUAUCUGCAGAUGCAGCCAGCCUCUCUCAGGCCUCAACGCAAGAUGUCCAGAGGAUGAACAAAUGCUCUAUCACAUUCUCUGCACGAAUCCAACGUCGAAAUUCAUGUACGUAGUGGACUCAAGGCCGCGAAUAAACGCCAUGGCAAAUAGAGCAGCUGGGAAAGGUUACGAGAACGAGAAUUUCUAUGACAACAUAAAAUUUCGUUUCUUCGGCAUUGAAAAUAUUCAUGUAAUGAGAACAAGCCUGGCAAAAUUGAUGGAGCUGCAGAGAACAUCAUCGAUGUCUGCAUUUUUGAAGGGAUUAGAGAGCAGUGGCUGGCUGAAACACAUCAGAUCGAUUUUGGAAACUGGCUGGUUCAUUGCUAAAGCUAUAUCGAAUGGAAUAAGUGUGGUUAUUCAUUGCAGCGAUGGUUGGGACAGAACCGCUCAGGUUUGCUCCAUUGCUGCAUUGCUACUAGAUCCUUUCUACAGGACUAUUCAGGGCUUUCAGGCUCUAAUCGAAAAGGAUUGGCUUUCAUUCGGACAUAAAUUUACUGAUAGAUGUGGACAUAUUACAGGAGAUCCAAAAGAGUUAGCUCCAAUUUUUACACAAUUUAUUGAUGCUACUUAUCAGCUUUAUCGACAAUAUCCUUAUAUGUUCCAGUUUAAUGAGUAUUUUCUAUUGAAUUUGCAUGAUAACGUGCACAGCUGUGAGCAUGGAACUUUUGUUGGAAACAGUGAGAAGGAGAGGGACUUACUUAAAUUGUCUGAGAGAACAAGAUCCCUCUGGGGAGAUAUUGCCACGCAAAUUAAUGAGUUUAUUAAUCCUCUAUAUGCUUGCAAUAAGUUCAAAGAUGAGUGUAAUAAGGUGCUUGAACCGAAAUUAUCGCCGCAGUGUAUUGAAUUGUGGAGGGGAAUGUAUUUCAGGUUUGAGAAUGGAAUUCAUGCGAGAGAGACUGGCCAAGAUUUUUUGCUGACAGUUCAUAAUCAUACAUUGAGUUUGGAAGAUCAUGUGAAAUUUCUCAUUAAGAGGAUCAAUGGACUUGGCAUUAUCGGGAGUAAGAAAAAUCAUUCUGAACCAAAGUAUAAUUAUGAUAAGGAUAAAUUUAGUUCAGAGGCCGAAGAGAUCAUCGUAGACAAGGAGUUGAGUCAAGUGGAGCUGGAGAAAACCAAAAUUACGUUGCAGGAAAUCGAGGGGGAGAUGAAGACUGUUGCUGUUGAGUGGAUAUCGAGCAGUAAAGUAAAGCAGUGCAAGUGUUCUAUUACCUUCGAUGCAUUUAGAAAAAAGAAUCACUGUUGGUCAUGCGGACAUGUAUUCUGCACACGUUGCAUGCCAGACAAGGAUACAUUUACAUCUUUACCAGGACACUCAUCUCAACGUGCUGUACCAGUGUGCGAAAGAUGCGCCCAGUCUUCUCCCUACUGCCCCUCCUGAAGAAGUCACACAUUCGUGAAAAAAAUGUCAAUAUGUGUAGAAAACA